AUGAAGUCUGAUACAUCAGCAGACAAGUCACCGUUAUCAAUACGGCUUUGCUCUCCUCAACAUGUGUGCGCGAUCGUCUUAACUACGGCGGUAGUAUUCCCAAAAUUCUACCAACCCAUGUUGACGACAUUGUACAAUUACCUCUACUCAUCCACCUUUUACCAAUCAUCAACAUUCGAAACCAUUUUGACCGUACUCAGUUAUGGCAUCAUCGAACCCAAAUAUACCACUCACUUUGCACACAGCCCCGAGCUACGCAUCGACAUCAGACCAGGCACACUCCAAGUUAAAUCGAAGCGACUGGACGACGACAGUGUGACAAUGCCAAAGCUACCCAAGAUGAAACGGCCUUCUAAACGUCUACGAGAAGUAUUCCUCUACGUCAGCCCGCUCUUGUUUCUGGACUUUACCAUGAUCAAGAAGUUUGCGGAUACACCCAUCAACGACAUUCGUACUUCUGGAGGUUACAUGCCCGUCUUCGCCACAACGGCAGCCGCACUUGUUGUUGAACCGACAGAAACUCCCACCGGCAGCUUCAACAUCACCGACACCGAUGCCAUCCCAAAGUCGAUAUCGGGAUCUUUCCUCCUACCUACGCUUCACAACUUUACCAUUUCCUCGCCGUUGCAACUCGAGAGAGCUCUUCCACCCGUGCCACCCACGUCACGACGUUUGGUGCUCGAGCUCGCCGCGUCAUUCUUCAUUUACGACAUGGUGUUCUUCUUGUGCCAUUUCUGUUUCCAUCGGGUUCCAUUUAUGGCGAGGCACCACAUGCCUCACCAUAAACACCAGGAGAUGCAUCCACAAGUCACGAACCAGUUGUCCGUCGUCGAACGGCUGUCGCUGGUUUUGCUGGCCAACUUCAGUCUCAACAUCAUUCAGAGCCAUGUCGUGACGUGGACGAUAUUCAUUCCCAUCUUCGUCACUCUUCUGAUCCAAGUGCACAGCGGCAUGGACCUUGUUUGGGGGUACGACAAGUUCUUACCGCGAGGCUGGGCGGGUGGACCGAGGACUCACGCCAGGCACCACCGCACGGGCGAGGGUGGUUAUGCACCGUUUUUCACCUGGUGGGAUAGAAUCUUGGAUAUGGUAGAAUGA